AUGGCCAAAUUUGAAAAAAUGUUGGUAGGUUUGCUAAUUUGUGCAAUCGUACCUAAUUUCGUCCUAGUGGAUGCCAACUUUUCCAAGAGCAUGUACCUUACUUGGGGUGUUCAACAUGCGUCAAUUCUGGGUGAAGACCUUCAUCUUGUGUUGGACAAAACCUCAGGAUCAGCUGCUCAAUCAAAGCGAUCAUUCUUAUUUGGAAGCAUUGAAAUGCUAAUCAAGCUGGUACCUGGUAAUUCUGCCGGAAUAGUUACAGCCUACUAUUUAUCCUCUACAGGAAGCCAGCACGAUGAGAUAGAUUUUGAAUUCUUAGGCAACAGUACAGGACAACCAUACACUGUCCAUACUAACAUAUAUACACAAGGAAAAGGAAGCAGAGAACAACAAUUUUACCUCUGGUUUGACCCAACUGCUGAUUUUCACAAUUACACCAUUCACUGGAAUCCCACAGAAAUUGUGUGGUAUGUUGAUAGUCUUCCAAUUCGGGUUUUUCGAAACUAUGAACAAGAUGGCAUUGCAUAUCCAAACAAGCAAGGAAUGAGGGUUUAUACCAGCCUGUGGAACGCGGACAACUGGGCAACCAGAGGCGGGCUCGUCAAGACGGACUGGCACAAUGCGCCAUUCAAAGCCAGAUUUCAUCGAUUCAGAGCAAGGGCUUGCAAGUGGAAAGGAGCAAUCAGCAUUAAUCAGUGUGCCUCCAAUGUCCCUGCAAAUUGGUGGACAUCUCCGAGAUACAAGCAGCUCAGUCACACCCAGAUGGAGCACUUGAAUUGGGUGAAAAAGAAUUACAUGAUCUAUGACUACUGCACAGACACCAAGAGAUUCAACGGACACAUGCCUCCAGAAUGUUCUAGAACAUAAGGUCUGGAGGCA